AUAUGGUGAUCUCCGGCGACGCAAGCAUAUCGGUUCAAAUUCCAUCUUUGAAAGGUUCUUCACUCUAGGAAAAUGGCAUUUUCACUCAUUGAGUUGAUCAAGAGUUUUUGGGUAAAAUUGGACAACUCGAUAACAAAACCGAUUCAACCGAACGUGCACAAAUUUAUUAUUGCAAUUCUCUUCUCGUCCUUCAUGGUAAUAGGACUUGUUAUGUGGGACAACAACCGUACGCAGGAAGAGAAUCUUAGAUUGGUCUUUGCUGGUAUCGUGCCUGGUGUUUUGCUUCAGAUGAUUAAUUUCAACAAAUAUAUUCCUGAGAUUAGAAAAUGGAGGUGUCUGAGGUUAAAAGGACCUAUAAUUGAAACAGUGAAUGCUAUUUCCGGAUGGUUCAUUGCAUUUGGCCUAUCAAAAGUGUUCCAUGAUGCUGAAUCUAUGCUGAAUUUUGUCUUUGCUGGACUGUUUUUUCUCAUGACACUCUCAAUCUGGGACUUACUACGACCUGAGAUUGAUCUUGGUCUAGUGAGCGGGCUGUGCAGUUUCCUUUCUAUUAAAGCUGAAAUAUUAGCAACUCGAUAUGAAAGGAUCCCCGUUGGAAUUGUUGCUAUCUCUCUACUAUAUGUCCAUUUUCGUAGAGCUGAGGCAGGAAAGGAUGAUCAGAGUGCAGAGCAAUCAAGAUGGGGAACAAGGGAUAUAUGAGGCGAAACACCUUUUUCUCCCCACACCCAACAGGACAUAGAUGUAGCUUCUACCGUGGCUUCUGCCACUUUAGGUAUCAUCACAUAGGGCUUCUGAAAAAGAAUUGAGGAAUGAGAAAACAGGGGAAAGUUUUAUAUUCCAGCUCUUCUGCACAGGUGUGUGUAAAUUUGCUUAGAAGCCUGGAAGGUCGGUCUAAACAUGGUAUCUCCAUUAUUAUUUGUAUAUGUUGUAAAGAUAUUUUAAAGAUUCAAACACCAAUGAGGCUUUAUUUCAGUUGUUAAAGGACGGGUAAGGCUUGAGAGAUCCUAGUUUCAAAUUCCAUCACUCCACAAUUGGUUGAAUAUCAAAUUAAAAAUUGUGAUGUCUU